CGAUGUGUGUGUGUGUGUGGGUACGCGUGUGUGUGUGUAUGUGUGGGUACGUGUACGUGUGAGUGUGUGUGCGCGCGUAUGUACGCGAAGUGUCUCGUGCGAGGCCGUCCGCGCUUAUCUCGUCAAAGGUUGUUGUUCUGUCCGUUUCGUCCGUCAACGGGAACCACGUACGACAUAAAAAAUAAUCGCAGUCCGAGUUCCGGUGCAGUCGGUCCGCCGUUUAUUUUUUUUUACAAACACCCGUGUAUCCGGCGAUUUCCGUGCGCCGAUAACAUAUAUGUUUUGAACGGACCGGAACGGACGCCCCGAACCAACGAUGGAAGCCACGGCCAAGCACGACUUCAAAGCCACGGCGCCCGAUGAACUGAGCUUCAAAAAGGGUAGCUUGCUCAGGGUGAUCAACAUGGAAGACGACGUCAAUUGGUUUCGGGCUGAGUUUGAGGGCAAAGAGGGACUGAUACCUAGCAAUUAUAUAGAAAUGAAAAAUCAUGAUUGGUACUAUGGAAAAAUCACUCGAGCAGACGCCGAGAAAUUAUUAGACCAACAGCCUGAGGGUUGUUUUCUGGUACGAAUAAGUGAGAGUUCACCUGGAGAUUUUUCACUAUCCGUCAAAUGUGGUGAUGGUGUUCAACAUUUCAAAGUUUUACGAGAUGCACAGGCAAAAUUCUUUCUGUGGGUGGUUAAAUUUGAUAGUUUAAAUGAACUAGUUGAUUAUCAUCGAGAAUCAUCUGUGUCUCGUUCACAAGAUGUUAGGCUUAGGGACAUGCCAGCAGCAACUCAAAAUGGAUUUAACCAAAAACCGACGCUGGUAAUUGGAAUGUAUGACUUUACACCUCAAGAAGAUGGAGAAUUAGCAUUUAAACGAGGAGAUGUUAUAACUGUGACAAAUCGCACUGAUGUAAAUUGGUGGCGAGGUGAAAUUGGCACCAGAGAAGGACUGUUUCCAGCUGCGUAUGUUUCUCCUUAUCAUGCCCCUUAAUCUACAGUGUUCUUCAUUAUGUUGGAUGUAUUUACUACUAUAUGGAACGUAUAUUUACUGCGGUAGAGAACAUGUGACCACAAAAUAGACUUAACAAUUCUAGAUUUUUCCCUCGGGAUCAAAUAUUUAUUGCAAUAAAAGGAAGUCAAUAAUUAUUUAAAUACUUAAAUCUGUUUAGGUUUUCCAAGUUUUGUUAUUAAUUAAUUCAAUGAUAUAUUAACUUAAUUUUUUUUGCUUAUCCAUUAAUUUUUGUUUGUUAAUAUGUACAAGGUUAAUACACUAUGAAUCAAAAUAAUAAAAUGUUACCUACCAUUCAGACUUAACAAUUGUUUUAAAAAGGUAUUUUUUACUAUUUAGAAUAUACAUAAAAACCAUUUAGAUAUGUGAUAACCAUUGAGUAAGAACCAUUAGUUUUCAUGUUUGAUAAAUCGUUGUUGCUCAAAAAGUGAUAGUGUAAAUUAAAUUUUUUUUAAAUUAAAAUUAAAAUUUUAUAUAACAUAAUUUAUGGUUUUUUUCAUUUGAUAAAUGUUAGCAUGUGGAAACUAUGUUGUGGUUUAAACAUGCAAACAUUCACCAAGUGAAAUAAUUUAAUAAUUAUGAAGUAAUAAAAAUAUAAAAUACAAAAAAAAA